CUAGUCACCAGAGCUGCGCCGGUUCUCUGUGGUGAGCCCGCCGCCUACUUGGCCACCGUAGAGUUAGGGUGCGCUCAGCGCCAAGUUUGGGUUUACGGGUGGAUCAUGACGCGGCUGCCAAAGCUUGCGGUUUUCGAUCUGGAUUACACGCUCUGGCCUUUCUGGGUUGAUACACACGUAGAUCCCCCAUUCCACAAAAGCAGUGAUGGAACCGUACGAGAUAGGCGAGGCCAGAACAUUCGGUUGUACCCGGAGGUGCCCGAGGUAUUGGGAAGGUUGCAGAGCCUUGGAGUGCCGGUUGCCGCUGCUUCACGGACAAGUGAGAUAGCAGGGGCCAACCAACUCCUGGAGCUCUUUGACCUUGGCAAAUACUUUACUCAUCGAGAAAUCUAUCCAGGCAGCAAAGUCACACACUUUGAGAGGUUGCACCACAAGACUGGAGUUCCUUUCUCUCAGAUGGUCUUCUUUGAUGAUGAGAAUCGGAAUAUCAUAGAUGUUGGCAGACUUGGUGUUACCUGCAUUCACAUCCGGGAUGGAAUGAGUCUUCAAAUGUUAACUCAAGGAUUAGAGACAUUUGCAAAGGCCCAAGCAGGACUCUGAGGUCCAACCCUGUGGAUAAGCCUCAACUACAGUGUAAAACUGAAAAGAAAUCAAGAAAGCCUUGUCAGGAGCACUUGUAAUGGAUUAAUGUGUCCACGUGUGACACUCGGGGUUUUACCACAGUAUGGUCUAUUUCCAUUUUUCUUUUUUCAAAAAAAGUUUCAAAAAAAAAUUUUUUUUAAGAUUUAUUUAUGUAUAUGACACUGUCACUGUCUUCAGACACACCAGAAGAGGGCACUGGAUCCCAUUACAGAUGGUUGUGAGCCACCAUGUGGUUGCUGGGAACUGCUGAGCCAUCUCUCCAGUCCCUGUUUCCAUUUUUCUAACGUGUAAACUGGAGUUGUGUCGGAUUAGAAUACGAAGGAUUAGAGUGCAUCAGGUUGUUCCCUGACGUUGGAAGCCAUCCAGAGACCUCCUCCAACUGUUUCAAAUAACGGGUGCCAUAACUCCACACAUUUCCUUUAGGGACUAAAAGCUAAUACUGUUUGGGAAUAAGGUUGGGGCUGGCCUUUCUUGGUAGUAGGGAGUAAUGCAGGAGUGAGCCAACCCUGGCCGAAGCUUUGUCCCUUUGAGGUUUUAAUUGUGCUUAUUAAUGAUGUGACGGCUAUGUCCUGGAGGGAUUGGCCAAGGCCGUUCUCAGAAUGAUGAUAGUCUGGAAGGAAGGCAGGCAAGCAGAGGGGCAGAGGCAAAAGAGAUGACAAUGAAUGAACUCUGGACUUAGCAGAUUCUUCAGAAGGCGUGACCCUGGGAGACAAUGGGCUGCCUGAGAGGUGCUGGCCAGAAGAGAAUUGGGAACACCAUCCAGGCAGGAAGAGGCCCAGGAGACAGGCCGACCCAAAACCCUUGACCAAGCCUGACACUCUGUUGCCAGAAGGCCAACCUUGUCCAACAGCCUUGAGUAGGACUGAGAUGUGACUGGAAGGCGGUAUGGCAAUUGUUAAUUCCUGCGGCACAGGCUUGAGGGGAUUGGUUCCAGGUGGCUGCAUCCAGUCUUUUCUAAAAUUUUGUUGCUUACUUGGAUUGAAUAAAAGAGAUCUGAAGUGAAGAAGAAA